CCGGAAGUUCUCAACACUUCCGUCGUGGCCGAGGAUGACGGUUGCCCGGCGACCGCUGCGGUUGGGCCUAAGCGCCGAGGCCUCGUCCGCUGAGGCGGCGGAGCAGAGCCUCCGCUGUGUUCUUUUGUACACUUGCUGACCCGAUUCGGGCUCCACGGGAAACCAGGAUGAAGCUGUUCUCUGAGGCGCACAAGACGGUGUUCGUGGUAGAUCACUGCCCGUACAUGGCCGAGUCCUGUCGGCAGACGGUGGAGUUCGACAUGUUCACCAAGAACCGGGCCCCGGGCAUCAUCCCGCUCGCACCCAUCGCCAAGUCGCUGUGGACCUGUGCCGUGGAGUCGGCCAUGGAGUACUGCCGCAUCAUGUACGACAUCUUCCCGACCAGGAAACUGCCAGCAACAUUAAGCAGCAUGAUGUCAGCAUCUGGUGACCAAAGGCUGCUAACAGUUGCUCCAAAGCAAUUAAUGGGUGCAACCAGGGUGAAUUUCAUUGUAAGUGACUCAAGAGCACAUACCCUGAACUCCUGGGGACAAGAAGAUCAAAACUUGCAAGAGCUAAUGGCAGCCCUUGCAGCUGUUGGGCCUCCCAAUCCUCGCAUGGACCCAGAAUGCUGCAGUGUACUGCAUGGCUUAGUUGAAGCAGUCGAGGUCCUAUGUAAAUGUACAGAUUAUCAGCAUGAAGCUCGAACUACUUUAAUGGAGAAUGCAGACCGUGUCAGCAAUCGUGGACGUAUCAUCUGCAUAACUAAUGCCAAAAGUGACAGCCACGUGCGAAUGUUAGAAGACUGUGUUCAAGAGACGAUCCACGAGCAUAACAAAUUAGCAGCUAGUUCUGAUAACUUGAUGCAAAUUCAGCAUUGUGAACUGGUCUUAAUUCAUACCUACACAGUUGGUGAAGACAGCCUUGUUUCAGAUCAUCCAAAGAAAGAUGUCUCCUUGGUACUAACGAGUGAAGUACACAGUGUUCGUGCCGGAAGACAAUUACCUGCAAAGCUCAUGACACUUGUCCAACAGCAUUUUGACCUUGCCUCCACCACUAUUACUAACAUCCCUAUGAAGGAAGAACAACAUGCAAAUACUUCUGCAAAUUAUGAUGUAGAACUUCUCCAUCAAAAAGACGCUCAUACUGAACUGCUAAGAAGUGAAGGGAAGAACAUGACACCAAUAUCGUGUGACCACAUCAAAGGAAAGAAAGUUGAUCCACAUCUGUCUAAUAGCAAUAGAGAUGGCAGCGUCAAAGAAACUGUGACGUUAAAGUGGUGCACUCCACGAACCAAUAACAUUGAAUUGCACUAUUGCACAGGAGCUUACAGAAUAUCACCCGUGGAUGUAAACAGUAGACCCUCUUCGUGCCUGACAAACUUUUUACUAAAUGGUCGAUCAGUAUUGUUGGAGCAACCUCGAAAGUCGGGUUCCAAAGUGAUCAGUCAUAUGCUUUGCAGCCAUGGUGGUGAGAUUUUCCUGCAUGUUUUAAGCAGUGUCCGUUCUAUUCUGGAGGACCCCCCAUCAAUUAGUGAAGGGUGUGGAGGAAGGGUUACUGAUUACAGGAUUACGGACUUUGGAGAGUUCAUGAGGGAAAACAGAUUAGCUCCUGUACAUGAAACACGUUACAUGCUGGAUGGGAAUAUAGAAGUGCCGUUAGAGAAAGCUAAGUCCCAACUAGAGAGACAUACUCGGUAUUGGCCGAUGAUCAUAUCUCAAACUACUAUCUUCAACAUGCAAGCUGUUGUACCAUUAGCUAGUCUAAUCGUGAAAGAGAAUCUGACAGAUGAUGAUGUCCUCAACUGCCAAAAAACUAUCUACAAUUUAGUAGAUAUGGAAAGAAAAAAUGAUCAUUUACCCAUUUCAACAGUUGGCACCAGAGGCAAAGGCUCCAAGAGGGAUGAACAAUACAGGGUAAUGUGGAAUGAGUUAGAAACCCUUGUAAGGGCACACUUAAAUAACUCUGAGAAACAUCAGCGUGUACUGGAAUGCUUGCUGGCCUGUCGGAGCAAGCCUCCGGAAGAGGAGGAGCGCAAAAAGACUCGGAGGAAAAGAGAAGAUAAAGAAGAUAAAUCUGAAAAAUCAGCAAAGGAAUACGAGUCUGACAAAUCCUGGCAAGAUUCUGAACGACAAAAGGGAGCACUGGAACGAGAAAAAGAUGAAGUGGCUGAAGCUGAGAUAAUCAAAGACUCUCCUGACUCCCCUGAACCACUGAACAAAAAACCACGGGUUAGCGUAGGAGAAACACAGCCUGUAGAGAAGGUUAAAGUCGAGACCCUUUCCAGGCUGAGACUCGGGAUUGAAAAUGCUCUGGAGAACUCCACACAGCUGCUCAGCACACUCCUUCAGGACUUUGCAGUUCACACCAUCUGGUCCCAAUGCUUGGCCAUGUCGGUGUUUCCCCAGAGUCCUUCUCACCUGCUCAGUAGUGAAGGUCCAGUCUCUUUGCUCACUCUCUGGACAAAUAGGAUCAAUACAGCAAAUUCAAGAAAGCAUCAGGAAUUUGCUGGCCGUUUGAGUUCCAUUAACAACAAAGCUGAAUUGUACCAACAUCUCAAGGAGGAAAACGGAAUGGAUACACACGAAAACGGUAAAGCCAGCAGGCAGUAAGGAGAAGCUUCAACCAAGCUGCUUCAAAAGUGCCUAGUCAGUUGGCAUGCUAUUUUUGUAAUUUACAAACCUGAAGUAUUUAAAGAAAAUUGAGCAUGACCUCCCAAAAUGCAUCUGUUGAGAGACUUGUGACAAACUGUAUGAAAUUUUCAAGCUGGAUCAAGAAGUUUACUUAGUUGUCAUUUUUUACUAUGAAAUUUGUCAACAUUUUUAGACUUAUUACAUUGAUUAAAAAAUAAACAUUAUGCUUCUACACAUUUAA